UGUCCAAUUUACUUAUUUGUUAGUGGUUACUAUGUUGAUGCUAGUGUAAAUAUAUUCAUGAAAAAUAUGUGCACUUUGUUGUAGACUUAUUUUCUCUUCCCUUUACGGCUGCUGGCCAUUUUUUACCCCUGUUAAAAGUUGAUUAUGAUAAAGGUGGUUUAAAAUGACUAAUGCUUAGUAAUUUCUUCAGACUAAUGCUUUGUAAGCUGCUGUAAAUUUAUGGCAUGGCAGAUAAAUUUUAUUCAUAUUGGUUGGGUUUUUGUUCAGAUGGCAGCAUUUAACAUUCAGGAGGCACUUAUCUGGAAAGAGAAAAUUGAACUUGUCAUUGAUCAGAUGCAGCAUCAGGGGUCACAAGUUCCCAAUGGUAACAAAUAUGUAUCUUUUGAAUACAAAUCUGGAAUUGACAAUGGGAGGAAAUCUUCUACAUCAGAUCGCGAAAGUCAGUAAGUGUCCAAUUUACUUAUUUGUUAGUGGUUACUAUGUUGAUGCUAGUGUAAAUAUAUUCAUGAAAAAUAUGUGCACUUUGUUGUAGACUUAUUUUCUCUUCCCUUUACGGCUGCUGGCCAUUUUUUACCCCUGUUAAAAGUUGAUUAUGAUAAAGGUGGUUUAAAAUGACUAAUGCUUAGUAAUUUCUUCUAAUUUUGUAUGGGUAGGCUUAAUCUGCUUCACCUUGCUAAGGUUUUUGAGGGCUUCUUUAUGGUUUUAUGUGUUCUAAUCGCCUUAUCACAUGUUAUGCAUCUUGGUGCUGAGAAAGAAAUGAUGUCUCAGUGUGUUGCCUUGCUUGGGAAAUUCAUUGCUGUUCGUGAACCAAAUAUUCGAUAUCUUGGUUUGGAGACUCGGAUGUUGAUGGUCUCAGAUGUUCAGGACAUUAUUAAAAGGCAUCAAUCACAGAUCAUCACCUCCUUGAAGGAUCCAGAUAUCAGUAUUCGGAGACGUGCUCUUGCUCUGCUCUAUGGCAUGUGUGAUGUUUCAAAUGCAAAGGACAUAGUUGAAGAAUUAUUGCAGGCAUGUAGACCAGUGAAGGCUACAACUUUAAUGCUAAGACAUGAUUUUUGGAUAUAUGUUAGUUUGUGGUUAAUGUUAAGACAUGAUUUUUGAAUUUUGGAUAUGUUAAUUUUGUGGGUAAUGGUGAUUAGAUAUUAAUUGAAUAAGAAAGUGAAUUAA